GUGGUCAGCAAUGCCAGUUGACAGAUUUUCGCAGAAAUUUGCCUCCAAACAUCCCCCUCCCAACGGAAAACCGGCCAUGGCCACGAGUGCAGUUGAGCUCAAAGACCAGGGCAAUCGGUUUUUUGCCAUUCGAAAAUAUAAUGACGCUGUCAAUUGCUACAGCAAAGCCAUAAUGAAAAACCCAAACAUUGCCACAUUCUUCACAAACCGAGCCCUGUGUUAUUUAAAGUUGCGCCAAUGGGAGUUGGCAGUGCAGGACUGUCGCCGGGCAUUAGACAUUGACAAAACCUCUGUCAAAGGACACUUUUUUCAAGGCCAAGCGCUCUCGGAGGUUGGGAUGUAUGAUGAGGCUAUUGUGUGCCUUAAAAGGGCCAAUGACCUUGCGAAGGAUCAAAAAUUAAAUUUUGGGGACGACAUUGCCGGUGCACUUCGAUUGGCUAAAAAGAAAAGGUGGAAUUUGAUAGAAGAAAAACGAAUACAACAGGAGAUAGCUUUGCAAUCUUACCUGAAUAAAUUAAUCAAAGAAGACAGGACAAGGCAAAUUGAGGCUGUGAAAGAAGUUGCUGGUGACCUGGAUGUUUCUGAACAAAUAGAUAGCAUAGAAGAAGACAGUGAAAUACGGAUGAAAGGAUUAAAUGAUCUAUUUGCUCAAGUUGAUGAAAGAAGAAGAGUACGAGACGUGCCAGAUUAUCUGUGUGGAAAAAUCAGUUUUGAACUUUUACAUGAACCUGUGAUAACACCGAGUGGAAUAACAUACGAGAAGAGAGACAUAGAAGAGCAUUUACAAAGAGUUGGACAUUUUGACCCCGUGACAAGAGCAGACCUUACCCAAGAAAAUUUAAUACCAAACUUAUGUAUGAAGGAAGUGAUUGACAAUUUCCUUGAGGAAAAUCCAUGGGCAGAAGACUAUUGAAACUAAGAAAUUAAGAUGCUGACGUGUUCAUAUUUUUAAACUGCUUUAUUCUUGGGACCACAAGUGUCUUGUGAAAAGGUUGUAGGACAGUGUACCAGCACUGCCUGUGGAUGGAGACUGCCUUUGCAACCAGUCCGAGGAAGAUUCGAAUAAGGCAUGUUUGUAUCAGACCCUUGGAAUGGUGCCCGUCUAUACUAGAUAGAAUAAGGCUACUUAUUCCCUAAAACUUGCUCCCCAUUCUCAAUGACUUAUUCUCUCAAAUGGUUAUGAUUGGGGUUAGUACAGCUCAUGGUGUUGACUUCAGCCUUUCUCCGAGGAGGCUUGUAGCCGUGUUGUUACACUGCUGGCUACAAUGCAAUCCCGUUAAAUCCCAGAGGGAUAUGCAUUUCUGGAUGAACCAGCGUGGGCUAUCAAGUUAGUUGAGCGCAAAUUUACCAAAGUAACUAUUGCAACACAAUCAUUGUGAGUAUGGGUAACAGCAAGGAUGGAUUCAUGAAGAAAUUGUAGCGAGCUGUUAUUCAGAAGAACUGGCACUUAGUUUGUAAUUCUGAAGGAAAGGAGCUUUUUGUUAUUAAGGCCAUGGGAAUUAUUAAUCCUGUUUACCGUCCACCUCCCGCAUGGGUUCUGAGCGAACAUGAAAUAUUUUCAUUAUUUUUAAAAAAAACUAUUUAUUUUAUUGUUGCCAUCAUUUUUUAUUUAAAUAAUCUUUCCAGUGGUUCAUCUUUACCUUAAAUGAUUGAAAAACACAAUAAAAACAUGGCAGGGUAGGCUCUUCAUCAUAAUAAUGUCAUUUUUUCAAUGCCUCAUGUUGAUGACCGACCUGAUUUCCAUUUACUGGAACUUGCUGAAUCGCGUGUUUUGACCAGUAAAUCAGACGGUAAACCGAUAAUGAAUAAUGAAAAAUGAAAAAAAGCCUCAUCAUCUUUUUAAAUCUCUCAGACGGUAAACAGGAUUAAUCAUUCCCAUGGCCUAAAGCUCUAAUCUAUCAUUGGUAGUAAAAAGUUAAGGCUGUGUGUGUUUUGUCCCUGUUUCAUUCAAAAUGGAAUAGUUUGUUGGGCAUCAUUCUGUCCUCAAAUUGGCCAGAUUGCCAUCACUUUGUUCAUGUUGUAAAGAUAAUGUCCAAACAGUAUUGUUCUAUUUUGAUAAUGUUAUCAUUAUUAUAUUUUCACUCUUGUAAAUGUAUUUAAUUUAUCUCAUGAUGAAAACAUGCUCUUGGAAGAGACUUGUUUCUCUUCGAGGGACCAUCCAUUCAAUACAUACACAGGAAAGUCUGGAUUUUUAGGUCCCCUGAUGGUAAAAGUGUACAGUGAUUCCCACAUUUUUUAUCCCCCUCCCACUCCGAUGUGUAGUGCAUUUACGUUCCGAAUGGAUGCCCCAAAGCCGCACCAUGAAUCACAUGUUGAAAGUAGACUGAUACAAAGAUGGACUGUAUAUUUUUAUCGGUAUUAUUUUGUUCAUCGAUUUCUCACUUUAUCUCUGCCCUUUUGAAAUAAAAACUUUAUUUGAAAACCAACAGAAAGUUGAAAUCUGUUAAAAAUCAUGUGAUUUUAAGUAAGAUUUUUGGAAAUUUUGGCUUAUCGGAGAAAUAAAGCUGUGCAAAAAAUUAAAGCGGUUCACAGUUUCAUUUGUGGUAAAUAACCUCAUCUAUUUAAAUAUUUGUGUCUUUCUGUGAUUUAAGAACUUUCUUAAUGUACUUCACUUUGGAAGAAAUUUCAUAUUUUCUGUGUCUAAAAGACAUUUAUCAUAAAUCAUUAACACUCAUCAAUUUUUGGUAUACCCAAGUAAUUGAGCGAGUGAAUAUCCAUUUGAAAACGUGAAUGAUUUUCAUUGUUGAUUGUAAAUAAAAUUGUA